CAGCUCGCCACACCAAGCGCAAGAAGCAAGCAAGAGCAGGAAGAAGAAGCACGCACACCACAACAACGACAAUGAUGAUGAUGAUGCGGAGGGUGCGCGCUGCUUCCUCUGCUGCUGGCUUCGGCUUCGCUGGCUUGGUGCUGCCGCCGCUGCCGCCGCUGGUGGUGGUGGUGGUGGUGCUGAUGGCGUUGGUGGGAGCAGAUCAGAGGGCGCAGGCGGAGGUGGUGUUUGACCAGGACACAUUCGGGAACUUGCACAUCAACACAAGCGCUGAUGGAGCAGGUGGUGGCCGCGUGCUGCUGAACGGCGUGGAUGUGCUGGGCUUGCUGCAACAGCAGCAGGAGCGCAUGCAGGCCGUGCAGGCUCGCGUGUGUCAGCGGCAAACGCUCGUUGACGUGACCGGCAUUGCUGUCCCCAGCGGCAACAGAAAAUGGUCUGAUGGCGUGCUAGCAAACAACGGCCGCAUCUACACCACCCCCUUCAGGAGCGACACCGUGCUCAUCAUUGACCCGUCCACAAACUCGGCGGAUGCCACGACCAUCUCGGACCUGGGCACGGACACGUUCAAAUGGGGCGGCGGUGUCCUUGCGCCCAACGGCAGGAUCUAUGCCAGUCCCGUCACGGCACCGUCCGUGCUGGUGAUUGACCCAGAGACCAACACGGUCGACGGCACGAGCAUGCCCGUGUCCGGCGCACACGAGGAUGACGAGUUUGCGUUCUUCAAGUGGACAAAGGGCGUCCUUGCGCCGAACGGCAACAUCUACUGCGUGCCGCUGGACGCGGCGAGCGUGCUGGUGAUUGACCCUGCUGCGGGUACCGCUGAUGCCACAACCAUUGUGAGUGGCGCUGGGACCAGCGUCAUCAGCGACAAGUGGCUGGGCGCCGUGCUCGCCGACAGCAACGGGCGCAUCUACGGCAUCCCCUACAACGCAGACGCGGUGCUCAUUGUCGACCCCGCGACCAACACCGCAGACAACACGACCAUCCGGGGCUUUGGCGGCAUGCAGAAGAAGUGGCGCGGCGGCGUGCUCGGCGCCAACGGCCUCAUCUACGGCAUUCCGUACGAGGCCACGGGCGUGCUGAUCAUCGAUCCCGCCACCAACGCAGUGGACACGGGCGCCAUUGCUGGGUCUGCGAAUCUGUUCUGGCAGGGCGGCGUGCUCCUGCACGACGGGCGCAUCCUCGCGUUCCCGGCCUUCUCCACGCCGUCGGCGCUGAUCAUCGACCCGGCCACCAACACCACAGAUACCACCACCGUCACGGGGUUUGAUGCCGUCGGCACAGCGUACGCGGGUGGCGUGCUUGUUCCAGCCACCGGCCGAGUGUACCUGAUCCCGUCUCGUGCUGAGACCAUUCCUGUCAUCAACACCCUUUGCAUCCCGUCGUGAGCAGUCUCCGUGGAGUGGAGCACGAUUGCUUCACUGCUUCAUGAAUGCGUGCGUGUGUUUGUGUGUGUGUGUGUGGGGGGGGGG